AUGGCGGCGGUGGAUUCUGAUGUCGAGUCGCUGCCGCGUGGGGCUUUCCGCUGCCGCCUCUGCCACGUCACUACAGCCAACCGACCCAGCCUGGACGCUCACUUGGGAGGCCGGAAGCAUCGGCACCUAGUGGAACUCCGAGCCGCCCGAAAGGCUCAGGGGCUUCGGAGUGUGUUUGUCAGUGGCUUCCCCCGUGAUGUGGAUUCUGCUCAGCUUUCUGAGUACUUCCAGGCCUUUGGACCCGUGGCCAGUGUCGUCAUGGACAAGGACAAGGGAGUGUUUGCCAUCGUGGAGAUGGGGGACGUAGGUGCCCGGGAGGCUGUUCUGUCCCAGCCCCAACACAGCCUGGGGGGACAGCGCCUGCGCGUCCGGCCACGGGAACAGAAAGAGUUCCAGAAACCGGCCUCCAAAUCUCCCCAAGGAGCGGCUCCGGACAGCCAGCAGCUGGCCGCAGCCCUAGCCGAGGCCCCCGACGUGGGGGCACAAAUGGUAAAGCUCGUGGGGUUGAGGGAGUUGUCCCAGGCUGAGCGGCAGCUUCGGAGCCUCGUGGUGGCGCUGAUCCAAGAGGUCUUCACAGAGUUCUUCCCGGGCUGUGUGGUCCAUCCUUUUGGCUCGUCCAUUAACAGCUUUGACGUCCAUGACUGUGAUCUUGACCUCUUCCUGGAUCUGGGUGACUUGGAAGAGCCCCAGCCAGCCCCCAAGGCUCCAGAGUCUCCGUCCUUGGACUCGGCCCUCGCAUCCCCGCUGGAUCCUCAGGCCCUGGCCUGCACCCCAGCCUCCCCUCCGGACUCGCAGCCUCCAGCUUCUCCCCAGGGCUCGGAAGCCCUGGACUUUGAAACCCCUUCCUCCUCCUUGGCACCCCGGACUCCGGACUCGGCUUUGGCCUCCGAGACCCUGGCCUCUCCCCAGUCCCUGCCUCCAGCCUCACCGCUGCAGGAGGACCCUGGAGAAGGGGAGCCGGGGAAGGCGCUGGAACCGGCAGAGGCCCCGCAGGGGGAGAAGACCGACCAGGGAGCCAUGCUGGAGCUGGUGGGGUCCAUUCUUCGGGGCUGUGUUCCUGGGGUGUACCGAGUCCAGACUGUGCCCUCUGCCCGGCGCCCCGUGGUCAAGUUCUGCCACCGGCCCUCAGGUCUCCACGGGGACAUCUCCCUCAGUAACCGGCUGGCCCUGCACAACUCCCGCUUCCUGAGCCUCUGCUCCGAGCUGGACGAGCGGGUGCGGCCGCUGGUGUACACUCUCCGCUGCUGGGCUCAGGGUCGAGGGCUGUCAGGGAGUGGCCCCCUUCUCAAUAACUACGCCCUGACCUUGCUCGUCAUCUAUUUCCUUCAGACCAGGGACCCUCCGGUGCUGCCCACUGUGUCCCAGCUCACCCAGAAAGCAGGUGAGGGCGAGCAGGUGGCGGUGGAUGGUUGGGACUGUAGUUUCCCCAGAGAUGCCUCGAGACUGGAGCCCAGCACCAAUAAGGAGCCCCUGAGUUCCCUGCUGGCCCAGUUCUUCUCCUGCGUGUCUUGCUGGGAUCUUCGUGGCUCACUGCUGUCCCUUCGGGAGGGGCGGGCGCUGCCCGUGGCAGGGGGCCCGCCCUCUGCCCUCUGGGAGGGCCUGCGUCUCGGCCCCAUGAACCUCCAGGACCCCUUUGACCUGAGCCACAAUGUGGCAGCCAAUGUCACCAGCAGGGUGGCCGGGCGGCUACAGAACUGCUGCCGGGCCGCAGCCAGUUACUGCCGGAGCCUCCAGUACCAGCACCGCUCUUCCCGGGGCCGGGACUGGGGGCUGCUCCCCCUCCUGCAGCCCAGCUCCCCGAGCGCCCUGCUGUCUGCCACCCCCAUCCCCCUACCCCCUGCUCCCUUCCCCCAGCUCACUGCCGCCCUGGCCCAGGUGUUAGGGGAAGCUUUGGGGUGCCAGCUAGAACAGGGAAGCAAGAGACCGCGGUCAGAGGGAGGUGGGACUGGGGAUUCUCCCCCGGAAGCGUCACGCAAGAGACUGAGACUAGACCGACAGAGAAAAGGCUCUGAGCAGGGGGAGCGGGAGCAGCAGCAGCAGGGGUGCGCAGGGGGCCGGGGCGAAGAGGGGGUGGAAGAGAUGAUUAUAGAGGUGGGAGAAGCCGCGCAGGACUGGGCCCUGCGGAGCCCGGGGCAGCCGGGGGCGCCUCCCCUGCCGCCUGCACAGCCGCUGGCCCCUGGAGGAGAGGAGCAGCCGGGCCCCGCGGUGCUGGCGGAGCAGGGCCCCGCAGGUCCUCCGGCAGCCCAAGAAGGGUCCCCGGUUGAGACAAGGAAGGGGGCAUCGCCCUCUUCGGUGAGCUGGCGCUGUGCCGUGGGGCACCAGGUGUGGCAAGGGCGGCGGCGGGCCCGAAGGUGCCUGCGGCAGCAAACCAACGAGGGCGCCGGGGGCAGGGCGGGCACGGGGGUGGAGUGGCUGGCCACCGAGGCUCGGGUGACCCAGGAGCUGAGAGCACUGGGCGGUGCCGAGCAGAGGCCAGAGGCUGAGCCGCUGCUGACCUUCGUGGUGUCUGCCUCCCAGGCUGACCAGGCUCUCACCGUGACCCCGCUCCAGGACUCCCAAGGCCUGUUCCCCCAGCUCCACCAUUUCUUACAGGUCUUCCUCCCUCAGGCCCUUCGCCAUCUCCUCAAAGGGCAAUAA